AUGUUGAAGGUUAGAGACCACUGUAUUUUACUGGUAACUACCGAGGAGCUGCUCAUAACCAAUGCAAUCUUCAAGGGUAUGAUUCUCAUCUCUUUAUUAAACAACUAGCUAAGAUUAAAGGAGAUUUAUCAUGUAUUCUGUCAACUGAAGAGAAGUAUAUUCCAUUUUCAAAGACGAUUAAAGUAGGAGAGUACAAGUAAAAAACAACAGGUGAAAAUGUUUCAAUAAACUUUGAAAUAAGAUUUAUAGAUAGUUUCAAAUUUCUUCAAACAAGCCUUGCAAAUCUUUCUAAUCUUCAACCGGAAGAUUUUAAAAAUACUAAAGCAAUAGUUAAAAACAAUGGCUGCGGUCACAUCUGGGCUACUAACUAUAGUUAAGAUGGGGAUAACUAUAGUUAGCUAUUUCGGUCACGUGACCGCUUCUCUGUUCGCUCUAACUAUAGUUAGAAAAUGUAUGUCUCGGUGAUCCAAAACAAUACAGACUAACUAUCGUUAUACCCAAGCAGGGUUCGUGGGUUAGUAUUAAGUUUACAAACAAACAACCAAUCAGAAUGCGACACUUCUUUUCGCAUGUGCGAGAUGAGCAUAUAUAAACAUGCAAAAUAAAAAACAAGCGUGAAGCGAGGAGAAAACCAAAAACAACAAACAAAAAAUUUACAUACAACAAGGUAGCAACACGUGUAGCCUUCAAGCUUUUGUGCAGCCGUCCUUGUAUUUGCUGCAAAAGAAUUCCAGACCUUCCUCACAGGAUUCUUUUCCGGAAACUACGAGGUAAGUUGAGUCCUAGCUUUUCUUGAUGUUCUAUUCUAAUGCUUUAACUUUUAAUAAUUUUUUUAACUUUGAAAAUUAUCCAUUGUUUUACCCAGCAAGAAAGUACACCAUACCAAGUGAAUCAAAUCUACAGUCACUGCAAUGGAAGAUUUGUAUUUACUCAGUCGUAUUUUCCCUUCUACCAACCUCAAAGUGAUGUUCAUCCCCCUAAUCUGGCUGUAUCUGGCAUCGAAGGCGGGCCAGACUCGCCCCAAACUCUUGCUUCUUCAAAGCGUCCAAGAGAGAGAAGAGAUUGGAUGGAUACAGAAACCUCUCUUUUGUGGGAACUCUACGAAACUGCUUAUUCCCUGGGAAAGCUUACUAGUAAAACUAAAGAAGAUAAAUAA